CCCACCUUCACAAACAUCACACCAGCCCAUCAGAGUUCAAACCUACCAUCCACCAUGUUCAUCACACCCUCCAAAACCUUCAAUCUUAUAAUCCUACUACUUUCUUUUGUCCUUGAAGUAUUGGCACUCCCCCAACCUCUAACCACCCGCUCAAACUCCGACCUCAGCCUAACAGCUCAACUCCGCCUAGCCGAUACAGCAAUCGAACGCUACAACCUCCUCCCCAACGACACCUCCUUCAUCUUCGACUUCACCACAAACACCGACCUCCCCGUCGCCACCAGCCAAAACUGGCCCGUUCUCGUCAACGUCGGCGCAGCAUUCAGCAUCUCCCAACUCCCAGCAUGCAGCAUGACCUUCCUCCACCUCCACCCGCGCGCAACCGAACUCUUCGCCCUAACCUCCGGCCACAUAAUCUCCUCCAUGAUCCCCGAGACCGGCGUCCUGAACGCCAACAACACGCAGCGCGUAAUCACAAACGACCUUUACCCGGGCCAAGUCACUAUCUACCCUGCGGGAUCGUUCCACACGCAGGUGAACCCCGAUUGCGAGGCAGCGAAUUUCACGGCUACGUUUACGUCGGAUGAGUUUGCGGUGGGGUUGGUGGCGGAGCAGUUGUUUGAGUUUGAUGAUGGGGUCGUGGGGAGGACGUUUGGGGGGAAGAUUGAUAAGGAGGAGGUGGAGAGGUUGAGGGGGUUGAUUCCUGAGGAUAUGGCGUUGAGGGUGGAGGAGUGUUUGGGGAGGUGUGGGGGUGCGGAGAAGUAG